CCAGAAGACCUAAAAAGUCCCUGCGUCCUCCCCCCUCGCUGUCUUCUCUUCUUCUUUUUUUUUCCCCAGGUAGCAGCAUUUGCCCACGGACAGGUAGGAAACUUCUUGUCUUUUCUUUCAAUUGUCGCAACAAUGGCUCAAGCCCACGAGGAAAUGGCCGCUGAGCUCCACGAGGAGUUCAACGAGCGCACCCACAAUGACACUGACCUCGCCGGUGGCAAGGUUGGCGUCCACCACGAGACCACCACUGGAGAUGAAAAGACCUCCACGGAUCUCAAGGGCGACAUUGAGAACGGCAUGACCCCCGAUGGUGAGGAGCCUAACCAGCACGAGCGCAACUCCCUGCGCCGUGUUGGUGAGAACCUUCCCGCCUCGGCGUUCCUCAUCGCCAUUGUCGAGCUUACUGAGCGUUUCACCUUCUACGGUGCCUCUGGUCUCUUCCAGAACUACGCCGCCAACAAGCCUACCGAUACCACCAAGGCUGCUGGUAUCGGUCUGGGUAGCCAGGCUUCUACUUCCCUGAACCUCUUCUUCCAGUGGUGGUGCUACAUCACUCCCAUUCUCGGUGCCAUCAUUGCUGAUCAGUACCUGGGCAAGUACAAGACCAUUCUCAUCUUUGCCUGUGUCUACUGGGUUGGUUUGAUCAUCCUCUGGACCACUGCGCUUCCCAGCUCUCUCGAGCACGGCGCUGGUAUCGGCGGUUACGUCGCUUCCCUCGUCGUUGUUGGUCUUGGUACCGGUGGUAUCAAGUCCAACAUUGCUCCCCUCAUUGCCGAUCAGUACCAGCGUCGCGUCAUGGCUGUCCGCACCGAACCCGAUGGCGAGCGUGUCAUCAUUGACCCUGCCAUCACCUACCAGCGCAUCUACAUGAUCUUCUACUGGUGCAUCAACCUCGGCUCUCUCUCCCUCAUGGCUACGCCUUGGAUGGAAAAGUACAAGGGAUUCUGGACCGCCUACCUCCUCUGCUUCUGCGUCUUCAACAUUGGUAUCGUUAUCCUCAUCACUCGCCGCAACUCCUACAUUGUGCACCCUCCCAAGGGCUCUGUCAUUACCGAUGCUUUCAAGGCUAUUGGUAUCAUGAUCUGGAACCGCAACAUGGACUCUGCCAAGCCCUCCGUUCGCGCUUCCACCAACCAAAAGUCCGUCAACUGGGACGACCACUUUGUCGACGAGCUCAAGCGUGCCCUCCGCGCUUGCAAGGUCUUCAUCUUCUACCCUGUCUUCUGGGUCUGCUACAACCAGUUCAACACCAACUACGUCACCCAGGCCGGCCAGAUGGAGGGUCAUGGAAUGCCCAACGAUUUCAUGCAGAACUUUGACCCCAUUGCCAUUCUCAUCUUCACCCCCAUCCUCGACCGUAUCGUCUACCCCAUUCUUCGCAAGGCUGGUAUUCAGCUCCGUCCCAUCGCCCGUAUCUCCAUUGGUUUCUUCCUCGCUGGUCUCUGCAUGGCCUGGGGUGCCAUUGUCCAGCACCUUGUUUACUCUGCUGGACCUUGCUACGACCAAGCUGGCGAGUGUGCUGCCGGUCUUGUUCCUGGUACUGGUAUCACCGGUCCUGAUGGCAACGAAAUCCCUGCCGAAUACCUCCCCAACAGCGUCCACAUUGCCAUCCAGGCCCCUGCGUACGUCUUCAUUGGUCUUGCUGAGAUUUUCAUCUCCGUCACCGGUCUCGAGUACGCCUACACCAAGGCUCCCAUGAGCAUGAAGUCGUUUGUUCAGUCCAUUUACCUCUUCACCACUGCCAUUGGUGCCCUCAUUGGUCUUGCUCUCGUUUCCGUUGCCGUCAACCCCAAGUACCUUUGGAUGUACACUGGUGUUGCCAUUGCUGCCAUCGUUGUCUCGAUUGGCUUCUACAUCGGUUACCGCCACUACGAUGCCAUGGAGGAUGAGUCUUACGAGCUUGACCGCGACCAGCCUGUUCGCACCGUUGCUGACAACGGCAAGGCUCAGCCCCAGGCUGUGCCCACGACCGAAUAAAGUCCGACCGACGAUUGGAUACAAAGCGUCUGAAAUUUGUUUGAAUAUAAAUACCCAUUUCCUCGAAAAUGUUGUAAGAAUACAUGAGCCUAUUGCUUAGCAGUACAUAUAGAGAUGAGAUAGUUUUUUUUUACUUGAAAAUACGACCGUGUGCAUCUCC